GCUUCAAAACUGCCAAUUACGAGCGCCCAGGUAGCUGCAAUUACUUCUUCUCCCUUCGGCUUUGGGCUGUGCUCCUCACCCUCCGAUGUCAGCCUUCGGUUCUCCGAUCACUGUCGAUGGUGGGAAUGAUUCAGAUAGUCACUUCGACGACCCCGACGCCGAUGCCAUUACGUCCGAUAAGCCUGAUAAGAAUCGGAAAGCAGUGACAUGCCUUUGGAAUAAUUACUUGAAGUUUUGGAUGAACAUCUGAAACUUUGUCCAAUUUAUCUUUACAUUGUCCAGCAGUGACUUCCACGUACCUUUGGAAUACCUUAUUUGGUAUUUUGGAUGAACAUUGGGUAAAUCCCAGUACACUGGAGCAGUUUCUCCUGAUUCAUCUCAAAGGUUUUUGCUACAAGAAAGAGAGCACAAUUGUGUGGGGCCAUGUGCACCUUAUGUAAGAUAUUAUAUCUUCUGCUGGAUUAUGUGCCACGUCUGCUCUCAGCUGCCUUGAAUUGAUUUGAGUUCAGCCAUGAGGUCUGUGGGGCAAGAAGGGAACUUGAUAUCAGUUUCACCUGCAAUAGGAAACUUUGAAGUGAAAUCACCAUCUAAUUUUCCUUUUGUGGAAGGGAAUGCAGCCAUCACUAAAGUUUCUGUUCCUUCAUAUCAUGCACCUACAAUUAGAAAAAAAGAUAUUCAACUGGAACGUAGACUUUCAAGUAGUCCGGAGUCAAGAAAAAAUCUGGAUUUGGAAGAUGACAUAACUCAAGGAUUAGAAGCAGAUAUUGAAAAUGCUGGAUCCCUUUUAAAGCGGAAAACAUUUGGAGAAUAUAGUGAACCAAGUUGCAAUUACACUUCAUAUUUACAUGGUGCUAAUAAUGAUAUAAGUUGUGGGACGUCCAAGUCAUUUACAGAUUUUGGAAAAGAUGGGACUAUUGACCUGCAGAGCGAUUGCUUUGUUGAGAAGGCUAGUGGUGAUCGAAAUCAUGUAAAGCAUCUUAGGAAGUUGAACAUGCAAUCAGGGGAUGCUAUGAACGCAAUGACAUCAAGGUUUUCCAGGCAUCCUUCUCCUGACUUGAGGACCAGAGAUCUGUCUCCCUGUGCUGAGAUUAAACUUGGAAACAAGCGUCAUGCAAUCCAAUGUGCUUUUUUUGCCAAAGGUUGGUGCAUCAGGGGUGAUUCAUGUAGCUUUCUUCAUAUAAAAGAUCCUGUAAAUAAAUCAGGCCAGCAGAUUGAAGGAGAAUUGGUUGCUCAAAAUUGGAAGAGAGAAGUGCAACCAGAGGAAGAUAUUGGAGAUGAUUUUAAGAGAUCACUGAUGCCUUGUACUCAAGUUCCGUUGCCUGCUACACAAGAAAGAACAUCUCUGUAUUCAUCUGAAUUUUACUCAAAUGCAAUCAUCCAGAAAGUGUGCCCAAGCUGGGAUCUAGAUAAAAGUUGGCCUGUCUCUUCUUUCCCUUCCUACCCAGCCCAUACAGAGGGAAUGACUGCCACCCGGGGACUAGAUAUGCAUUACGGAUAUACAUCCGUAGUUGAGAGUCAUUCACCUAAUUUAAAAUUCUCUUCAUAUGAAUGGGAGCCAUCUGUUCAUUUUGAACCUUCUGUUUCUUCUGGUAUGUGGUCAGUAGAAGAUCAAAAAGACCCUUUUCAUGGUAGUUUAGAGAUACUCAAUAUAGGGGAUGAAUCCUUGAAAGCUUUCAAUUUAUCUCAAAGGUCAUCCAUUCAGAGUUCAUAUCAGGUGCCAAAAAAUGGUGACUCCGCUGAAGCUGCAAGUCAGGUAUUAGAUCUUCGUGAUGCCAAAAGUUCUGUUUCUUCUCAUUAUAGAUGUAAACAGAAUGAGCCUGAGAAGAGUUAUGUUCCUCAUGGAAAAAGUAUUCUUGCAACUGAGACUGAUAGAAUAGCUCGAAGUUACCUAAAUCGCCAAUUUGGAAGGUUGGACAUGGGACUAAAUUUUACCUUUGAAGAUGUUAUAAAUAUAGAAAAAGAACAAAUUGAGCAUGAUGCUAGACUUCAAGUUGAAGUAACACAGUACGAAAAACAAAAAGUAGAUAGGGAUAAGAAAAACAGUGAAAUGGAUAAUAAUUUUCAGAAGGAUGAUGGCGUGCAGAUAGAAAUGGCUCUGAGAAAUUUUCGCUUUGCACUUGCUGAUCAUGUGAAAAAGAUUCUAAGACCACUUUGGCAUGAGGGUCAUCUCAGCAAGGAUGCGCAUAUCGUGAUUGUUAAAAAAUCAGUUGACAAGAUUGUUGGCUCCUUACAGCCUCAGCAAAUUCCUCCAAAUGAGGAUUCUGUCAAGAAGUACAUUUCUUUUUGUCAUGUGAAAGUAGUAAAUCUGGUCAAAGAAUAUACCGGUAUAUAUGGCAAGGUUUGAUAAGGUCAAUACUUAUGUUGUGCAGAUUGCUAGCAGUAUGUGAGAUCCAAAUAUAUGGAAACUUUUAUAUCAUGGACCGGAAAAAAAAAAAAAAGAACAUUCAUCUGUGGUCAUGUGUAUGAUAGUCUAGUUUGUAAGGAAUGUUGAAUGCUCUCCUUCAAGAUCUUGCUCAGUUUUGCUUGUUCCAUUAUGGAGUAACCUCGCAGGGAUUGGAUAAUUCUGUUAAUGUUGUAUAAGUUAGAUGAUAGAUUUAGAAUACUUUCAUCCAGUUAUGUAGUGACUUCUUGAUUCUCUAGCAUAUGAAUAGAAUGCUAAUCAACUUUUCGAGACAUGUGGUAUUUAUACUUUAUCUUGGUCUUCAAAUAUCCAAAAUAUGUGAUGAAAACCAUAUCGGUAGUUUGUUACAUAUCUUAUGAUGAAGCGUUUCAA